AUGUCCGCUUCCAUCACAGCCGCCCAAGUCAAAGAACACGCAACCCCCGAAAAGGGAUUGUACAUCAUCAUCGACAAUUCAGUCUACUCGAUGGCAGACUUUGCAGACGAGCAUCCCGGCGGCAGCAAGAUUCUGAAGAGAGUGGGUGGAAAAGAUGCGAGUAAACAAUUCUGGAAAUACCACAAUGAAGGUGUGUUGAAGAAGUAUCAGGGGAAGUUGAAGGUCGGUGAGCUCAAGGAGGAGGCCAAACUUUGA